ACUCCAUGUAUGAUACCCCGCCUCUCGGCACCCCUCCUCUUAUCAUACCCCAUCGCCAAAUCCAUCGGGAACAGAAAACUCAAUCGGACCGCCACCAUGUCAGACGAGGCCUCAAUAGCCCCUUCCCCCAAUAAGCCGCCGGAGCCGACAUCCCCCCCCGCUGCACUCCUAGCAGACUCGCCCCCAACCAUUUGCCGGCUAGAAGUCGCCCCACACUUCGCAGCCUUAACCCCCAAAGAAAAGCUCUACGCACACCACAUCUCCCGCGCUUCUUUCCUAGGCACACGUGUGACCCUCCGUCAACACUCGCCAGAAAGUGAGGCAAUCUACGACCUCAUACUCGCUCUGUACGCCGCGUGCGCUGGGGACUGGAAAAAACUCGCUUCGGAGGGCCCUGUCAGUGAGAAGGACGUGCAGUACUGGCUCGAGUACGCAACGGUAUUCCUCGCCUCGCUGGGGAACUACAAGUCCUUCGGGGACCUGAAGUUCGUGCCCCGCAUUCCGAAAGCAGAGUUACGUAAACUGGUGGAGUAUGCUGAUGAGGAGGCGAGUAAGUUAUUUUAUGGAGUGGAGGAGGUUGUGUAUUCGUUUUUGCCAGAGGAGAGGAAUUUAAUUGGGUAUAUUGAUGCUGGACAUGUCUCGGCUUAUUACCCCGACUCGCCAAGUAUUUCGAAGGCGGAGAUCGAAGAGGUGCAGGCGGUCACAGCUGCGAAUGGGAUACUUGUCGAGAAUACGAGGUUGAAGAAGGUUUCCGACUCCGAGUUUCAUUUACUGUUCGCUUCAGCGGAAGUGACGGCGCCAGAGGGGCAGAAAACUGAAUUUGUGUUUGGUGAGGGUAGGAAGAAGUUGAAAUUGGUGUACGGGGACCAUGCAGAAUUGAUGAAGAAGAUCUCCGCAGAGUGUCGGGCUGCAGCGGAACGCUCCGCGAAUGAGCUUCAGAGGAAGAUGUGGGAUGAAUAUGCCCGUUCGUUUGACAUCGGGUCUAUUCAAGCGCACAAGGAGUCUCAGAAGUACUGGGUGCAGGAUAAGGGUCCCCGGGUAGAAGCUAAUAUUGGCUUCGUCGAGACGUAUCGCGAUCCAGCUGGCGUUCGUGCAGAAUGGGAAGGUUUUGCGGCAAUGGUGAACGAGGGACGGACGAGAACUUUUGGAGAGCUAGUCAAGCGUGCGGAAGACUUUAUCGCGAGGUUACCCUGGGGCAAGGAUUUUGAAAAGGACCACUUUUUGAAGCCUGACUUUACAAGUCUGGAGGUUUUAACAUUUGCUGGCGCAGGGAUCCCGGCCGGCAUCAACAUCCCAAACUACGACGACAUCCGCCAGGAAAUCGGCUUCAAAAACGUCUCACUUGGCAACAUUCUCUCCGCCCGAUCCCCCAACGAAGUAAUCACCUUCCUGAAACCCGAGGACGUAGCCCUCUACUCCGAACUCCAAGGGCCCGCCUUUGAAGUCCAAGUCGGCGUCCACGAACUACUGGGCCACGGCACGGGCAAGCUCCUGCAGGAAACCUCCCCAGGCGAGUACAACUUCGACCACGCCAAUCCGCCCAUAAAUCCGAUCACUAAUGAGCCAGUGGGGACCUGGUACGGGCCGAAUGAGACGUGGGGCAGCAUAUUCGGCGGCCUUGCGGCCUCCUACGAAGAGUGUCGCGCGGAGUUGGUAGCAAUGUACCUCGGCGUGGAGAAGGGCCUACUAUCCAUCUUUGGCCAUGUGACUGACCAGGAGGCUGAAGACCUGCUGUACAUCGAGUACCUACAAAUGGCACGCGCAGGCCUGCUCUCCGUCGAGACUUGGGACCCCAAGAGCCGGAAGUGGGGACAGGCACAUUCUCAAGCCCGCUAUUUUAUCCUACAGGUGUUUAUUUCCGCCGGGGAUGGCUUUGUCACGUUUUCCCAUUCUCUACCGGAUAUGUCGGAUCUCACUAUCUCCAUUGAUAGGAGCAAGAUUUUGACACACGGACGGAAGGCUGUUGGAGAGUACCUGACAAAACUGCACGUUUACAAGAGCAUUGCGGACGUCGGCGCCGGUAGCGAGUUGUACAAGCGCAUGACCGAGGUUACCGAUCAGUUUAAGGGUUAUAGGGAGGUAGUUAUGAGGUUGAAGCAACCGAGGAAGGUUUUCGUGCAGGCGAAUACCGUAUUGUCUGGCGAUGGUGGGGUCGAGCUGAGGGAGUAUGAGGAUUCGGUGGAGGGGAUGGUGAAGAGUUAUGCCGAGAGGGGGGUUUGAGAGAGUGCGGGAUGUGGACACAGUGAAUACCACGGCGGGUACUUGUAGACCAACCGACAGAUAGGAUGGCUUAUGUCUGAAGACCAUUAGUUAGUAGAUCCAUCUCUCUAUAAAUCGUCAAUCAACAGAGACUCGCAUGGA